UCUCUAAAUGUCUAAUCUGCCGCCACGCCCGCCUCCGCCGCCGCCUGCAGGGUCGCAGGGAGGACCAGCGCGUACAGGAACUCCGCCAGUUGGAUUUGGGCCAGGGUCAUCUCCGCUGACGCAAGUGAGGCCGCAGCCAAUUUCGCGCACAGCUACGCCGCAGGGUCCUUCAGCAGCCAUGUCUCCGGGUCCUGCUGAGCCGCAGUCAGGGAGCCGGUCGCCAUUUGUCGGCCAGCCUGCUGCAUUCCGGCCGCCGCCACCGCCCAACAUGCCGCCUCAGCCGCAGGCUGCUCGUGCCUUGUCUCCAGGCGGUGUCCCGACGCCACCGGUGCAGGGCCCACCUAGCAGCUAUGGUGGAUCGCCGAGGCCUCCUGCCCCGCCCUCGCAGUACCAAAACCAGCAUCAGCAGUAUCAGCAGCAGCAGUACCAGCAGCAGCAGCAGCAGCAGACGCCGCCUGUGCCUCCACUCUCCCCGACAGUAUCUGCUGCUGCUGCUCCCUCGUCGCGUCGCCGUAUCGCGCAGCAGCAGCCGCAGGCACAGCAGCCACAGGGAUUCCAGGCUCCUUACGGUGGUGGCAACCUGCCCCCACUGCCCGGAUCUGCCCAGCAGCAGGUUCCGCAGCAGGCUGAUCCGGCAGCUGGACCCGCCGCACAGGCGCCGGCUGUGCCUAGUCCGGCAGGUAUGCCGCAUGUGAGCGCGCCUGGUCCUGGCUAUCCCAUGCCGCCUCAGCAGCACAGCAGCAGCAGUUCCAGCCCCAGCCCCAGCAGAUGCAGCAGCCGAUGGCUGGCGUCACACAGCAGUUUUCGCAGAUGGAGUACCAGGUUGCAAUGCUUGGCGGGCAGCCUCAGCUCUCGGCUCUCGACGAGCCUGGCACCGAUCAUCAAGCUACCGCCUAACGCCGCAUGCGUGCCAUCGUCGCACAUUAUCUGCCCGGCCAAGCACAAGCGGAGCACACUUAACGCCAUCCCCAAGACCGAAAAGCUGCUAAAGAAGUCGAAGCUACCGUUUGGCCUUGUGAUCACGCCGUUCAAGUCGCAGGAGGAAGGCGAGGAGCCGAUCCCAGUGGUCAACGAGAUUGUGCGGUGCAGACGGUGCCGCACGUACAUCAACCCGUUCGUUCAAUGGAAGUGUAACAUGUGCGGACUCAACAACGAUGUCCCUCUGUUCUUCGACUACGACUCAGCCACGCAGACCCAGAAGGACCGCUGGCAGCGGCAUGACCUCAACCACGCCGUGGUCGAGUUUGUCGCGCCUGUCGAGUACAUGGUGCGCCCACCGAUGCCACCGGUCUAUGUCUUCAUCAUCGAUAUCGGUGCGCCUGGCGUCAUUGGCCAAACCAUCCUUGAUGUCUUGGACAAAAUCCCGAAUGUGGACAAGCGCACAAAGGUCGCUUUCCUGGCAGUCCGUCCUGGAAGCACUGAGCCGCAGCAGCUCGUUGUUAGCGAUCUCGACGACGUGUUCCUGCCAUCGCCGACGGAUCUACUGCUGAAUCCUGGACGAGUGCCGCCAGGGCAUCGAGGGUCUCCUGUCGCGUCUGGGCAGCAUCCGAUCAAGGCUGCACAGAAGCUGCUGGGCACGCUGGGUGGCAAGAUCAUUGUCAUGCAGGCAUCUGCACCGACCAUUGGCGAGGGCAAGGUCGAGCCGCGCGCUGAGGGCAAGGAUCUGGGCACCCCACGCGAGUCGGAGCUGCUGCGCCCGCAGAACAACUGGUACAAGACGCUGGCUGCCGACAGCUCGCGCACGCAGGUCGCAUUCGACACGAUCUUCUUUGGCCAGCAGCCGAUGGACAUUGCCACUGUGUCGUGCCUGGCGAGAUACACCGGCGGAUCGGUGUUCUACUACCCGUCGUUCAUGGCUACGCGCAAGCCUGAGGUUGGCCUGGAGGCAGUGCUGCGCAUUCGUGCAUCCAAGGGUCUGCGCAUGGCAUCGUACUAUGGAAACUUCUUCCUGCGGUCGAUGGACCUGCUGGCGCUGCCCAAUGUCACACCCAACCACGCCUAUGCCGUGGAUGUCGAGAUCGACGAGACACUAACCGCACCUGUGGUCUACUUCCAGACGGCGUUACUGCACACCACAUCGUACGGUGAGCGGCGGAUUCGCGUCUCGACGCUGGCGCUGCCAACUACCGACAACAUCCACACUUUGUUCCACCACGCUGACCAGGUUGCAAUCGCGUCGCUGUUGGCCAAGAAGGCCGUAGACCGUGCUCUGGUUGCCAAGCUGGAAGAUGCUCGUGAGGCUCUGCAGCACAAGGCCCUCGAGAUCAUCGGCGCAUUCAAGACCGAGUGCACACAGUCGUCGUCGGGCGCGACCACGCAGCUGCAGAUCCCGCGCUCGCUGCAGCUCCUUCCCCUGCUGACUCUGGCGUCUCUCAAGCAUACUUCGCUGCGUGGCGGCAACAACGUGCCUCCUGCACUGCGUCUGGCUGCCAUGAACUUUGUGCUGACGCUGCCAGCCGAGCAGGGCGUGCAGCCUUUCUCGAUGGCGCGCAUGUACGCCCUACACAACCUGCCGGAGAACGCGGGCUACCCCGAUCCCGAGACUGGUUUGACGGUCCUUCCGCCCAAGCUGAAUCUGUCGGCCGAGUCGCUGUCCCCGUACGGCGUAUUCCUGCUGCACGACGGCAAUGAUUCGUUCCUGUGGUUCGGUCGCGAGGUCAGCCCUGCGGUGUGCUCUGCUCUUCUCAACGUCACUGAUGUGCGUACUGUGCCCAGCGGCGUGAUCUCGUUCCCUGAUCUGAGCAACGGCGCCGACACGCCUGCUGCCGGCUUUGAGCUCAACUUCCAAGUCAACGCCAUCAUCAAGCGCCUCAAUGCCCUAUGCCACAACCUGUGGAGCCCCGUCACGUAUGUGUGCAAGGAGGACGGCGAGCCGGUUCUGCGUAUGUGGAUGAUGCAGCGGCUGUCAGAGGACAUGGACACCAGCGCUCCCAGCUACCAGCAGUUCCUGAACCAGCUGCGCGACAAGGUCAACCGCGGCAACUUUUAAACAAAAUCCCUUCUUAGUUUACUGUUUCUCAAUCUCUUCACUCAUGAACCCCAUUGCAGCUACAUGGCAUAUAUGGUUACUAGGCAGACG